UCUAAUCAAACGUGUGUGGUGGUUCGUCCAGUGAGGUGCAGGUACAGUGCUGUACAGUACAGUUAUCAAAAAGUACAUUUUUGUACAUUGUGUAUUCAAUAAAGAGUAAUAACAAAGCAGUUCUACUUUCGCGGGAAGAAAUACUGAAAGUAAGCCUACAUGGCCGACACACGAGAUACGAGUUAUGAAGUUGUAAAUAUCGUCUCAGAAAGUAACAAUCUUUUUUAAACAUGUACUCGUGGACCAAAACUCAUAUUUUUAACCAAAUUUUUUAAAGGCAGCAGGCCAUUAAAGAAGUAUGAAGGAGAUACUAGGCUGCCGCGCUACAAGUUGAGGUCCAGAAGCUAGCAUGGCGAUGGACACGUCUCGGCGCGAGGCGCUGGUGGUGGUGGCGCUGUGCCUGGCGUGGUACGCGGCCAGCUCGGCCAGCAACGUGGUGGGCAAGCUGGUGCUGACGGACUUCCCGUACCCCGUCACCGUCACCAUGGUGCAGCUGCUCAGCAUCGUGCUGCUGAGCGCGCCCGCCUUCGCGCUCUUCGGCGUGCGGCGCCAGACUGACUUCCCUCGCCGCUACUACUGGCGCACCCUUGUGCCGCUCGCCUUUGCUAAGUUCCUGACAACUAUUUGCUCCCAAGUAUCUAUUUGGAAAGUUCCCAUCUCCUAUGCGCAUACAGUGAAGGCGACGACCCCGCUGUGGACGGCGGGGCUGGCCUGGAUCCUUUUCGGCGAGCGCCAGUCGCGCGGCGUGCAGCUGGCGCUGGUCGUGAUCGCGCUGGGCGUGGGCGUGGCCUCGGCCACCGAGCUGCAGUUCGACGCGCUGGGGCUGGGCGCGGCGCUGGCGGCCGCGGCGCUGCUGAGCCUGCAGCACCUGUACUCCAAGCGCGUCAUGCGCGACACGGGCGUGCACCACCUGCGCCUGCUGCAGGAGCUGGGCCGCCUGGCGCUGGCGCUGUUCGCGCCGCUGUGGCUGUGGAGCGACGCGCGCGCGCUGUGGGCGGGCGCGGCGCCGGGCGCGGGCUGGGCGCGCGGCGGCGCGCUGCUGGCGGCCGACGGCGCGCUGGCGUGGCUGCAGGCCGUGGCGGCCUUCAGCGUGCUGUCGCGGGUGUCGCCGCUGACGUACGCGGUGGCGUCGGCGGCCAAGCGCGCCGCGGUGGUGGGCGCGUCGCUGGUGCUGCUGCGGAACCCGGCGCCGCCGCUGAACGUGCUGGGCAUGUCGCUGGCGGCGCUGGGCGUGCUGGCCUACAACCGCGCCAAGCUGGCCGCGCGCCGCGAGCCCGCGCUGCCCGUCUGACGACCUCGUCGUCGUUGUGCUGCUCUUGUAAAAUAUUUUUAUUUUUAUAUGUAUUAUGAUGACAUUUUAAGAUAUUAGUAUAAAUUGACGAUAUAAUAUAUUAUGUUAAUGUAUAUUUUAGUGCAAAAAUGCAUAAUAAACGAAACGUUCUUAUUUUAA